UGCUUUUUUCAGCAGCUGAUUUUAGAGAAGCAUAUUACGGGGGGGGGCUUUGCCGUCUGUGGCAAUUUUUUAGGGCCCUGCCCGGCUGACGAUUCGGCAAACAGACACGCAAAAAGAAAACCGAGCGACGCGAAAUCAAGACUCGCAUCGAUUUUGUUUUGGCUGAUUUCACUUCACCGUACGUCCGCCUCGGGUCUAGAUUUGCAGACCCGCUACUGCUAACGUGCGUAAUGUAUCGUAGAGAGGAAAGACAGUAAAUAGACGGACACGUCCAUCUGCAAUAAAGAGGAAACGAAGAUGGUGACGAUGGCUUCACCAAAUUUAGCCUCCAAAUGCUCGACAGCAAUGGCGAAGCCUUCCCUCCCCUUGAAGCUGUUUCUCUGGGUGUUUAUUGUCGUUAAUCUCCCGACAAGCUCCUUCCAGACUGAGGAAGAUGAUGAGAGCGCUAACAAGACGUGGGUGCUGACUCCCAAAGUGAUCGAGAGUGACGUCACACACAUCCUAAACAGCCUACUAGACGGAUAUGACAACAAGCUAAGGCCUGACAUUGGAGUCAAACCAACAGUGAUCCACACAGACAUGUUUGUCAACAGCAUCGGGCCGGUAAAUGCCAUCAAUAUGGAAUACACCAUCGACAUCUUUUUUGCUCAGACCUGGUACGACAGGAGGUUGAAAUUCAACAGCUCGAUGAAGGUUCUGCGUCUCAACAGCAACAUGGUGGGGAAGAUCUGGAUCCCAGACACUUUCUUCCGCAACUCGAAGAAGGCCGAUGCCCAUUGGAUCACCACGCCCAAUCGCAUGCUUAGAAUCUGGAAUGACGGUCGGAUACUCUACACCCUCAGGUUGACUAUUGAUGCAGAAUGCCAGCUUAAACUGAACAACUUCCCAAUGGAUGAGCACUCGUGUCCCCUGGAGUUCUCAAGCUAUGGCUACCCCAGGGAGGAGAUUGUGUACAAGUGGAAGAGGAGCUCAGUGGAGGUUGGGGACAUUCGCUCCUGGAGGCUCUACCAGUUCUCCUUCGUGGGCCUGAGGAACACUUCUGAGAUUGUCAGGACUGUCUCAGGUGACUAUGUGGUGCUGACCGUUUUCUUUGACCUGAGCAGAAGAAUGGGAUACUUCACCAUUCAGACCUACAUCCCAUGCACCCUCAUUGUUGUCCUCUCAUGGGUCUCAUUCUGGAUCAACAAGGACGCAGUACCUGCCAGGACAUCAUUGGGCAUCACCACGGUGCUGACCAUGACCACGCUGAGUACUAUAGCCAGGAAAUCCCUUCCGAAAGUUUCCUAUGUGACCGCCAUGGACCUGUUUGUGUCAGUCUGCUUUAUUUUCGUCUUCGCCGCACUUAUAGAGUAUGGCACGCUGCACUACUUUGUCAGCAACAGGAAGCAGAGCGCCAAAAAGGACAGGAAGAAGAGAAACCCGCUCCUCCGGAUCUUUUCCUCAAAGCAGAAACCCACGGUUGACAUCCGCCCCCGCUCGGCCACAGCCAUCCAGAUGAACAACGCCACGCACAUGCAGGAGCGAGACGAAGAGUACGGUUACGAGUGCCUGGACGGGAAGGACUGCACCAGCUUCUUCUGCUGUUUCGAGGACUGCCGCUCCGGAGCCUGGCGGCACGGCAGGUUGCACAUCCACGUCGCAAAGAUAGACUCGUAUGCACGCAUCUUCUUCCCCACUGCAUUUGGUCUAUUUAACCUGGUCUACUGGGUGUCAUAUCUCUAUCUCUAGGCCUGGGUGUGUGCCCAGCCCUAUCAUACAGCUCAUUACAUUCUACAUAAGCUCUGUGCCAGCAAGGGACAUUAUGAAGGAGGGGACCCACUAAAACGAUACAAUGCAUUUCCUUUAUAUCCAUACAUUUGAUCCCGCUGAAUUGUAGUUAUUUUAUUUGAAAACUUUAACACACAUUGCAAAAGUUGUAGCAUUACAUUUAACUGGUAUGAGGAGGUUUGUAGAUUGUGUGACCAAUUAUGUUUAGUUUUUUUUUUGUUAGCUAAUUGCUAAUUGAUAAAUAAUUUACUUAUGUAUAAAGCAAUUCAAAUAAAUUGAAAUUGAAAUGACAGCAAACACUCAUCAGAAAAAUCUAAAUGACAUUAAUUGCAUCAUUUCCUUUGACUUAACCUACUAUAUCACACAAUCUAAAGCACUUUAAUAGAGCUAUUUUAGACAGUGAUGCUAAUUUAUUUUUAGUUUGUUUAGCUUUAGUGUUGGCACAAUUAAACAUUGCAUUUUUCAGGUGCGGUCAGAGAAAGACAAUGCUGUUUAUGGACAAUGCUCAACUGUACAGACACUGUAUAUAUUUUACUAUUACAUAGUGGUUUACAUUUAUUGCAUGCACCUUUCAGGCCAAAAAUCAACAUAUUUUAUGGUCUUCUAUUGUUGGCUAUGGAAAUAUAUUUAAAAAAAAGCACUGUUUAUUAUCAUUCAAGAUUGAAUUAUACUAUUUUCUAGGAAAAUUGGAAAAUGAAAUUAUAAAAAUGUGCCCGAUUUAUCCUUUUUAAUUUGUGGAAUCAUCUCUGCGUACAGGCCAGACAGCUUGUUUAGUCAUUUUCCUCACAGCUAUUAAUUAGCUAACGGUAUAGACAACCCUGACCUCUCCUAUAUUUGCUCUUAAAAGCGUGCAUAUACAUAAUGACACACUCCUGUUGUUGUUUGGUUACGCAAGCUUUUACAAGACACCUAAACUGAAACAAGUGUUCUUAUAAAAACAACAGUGUUAAUGGCAUCUACAUUACCAGCAGUUUCAAAUAUAAAUUGAAACGAUUGGUCAAAAUACAACAAAAAUGUUAUAUGAAAUCAACUAAUGAGCUUUGUUCAAGGGGGAAAAAAGCAUCUGCUUGUGUUGAAAGAGAUGUGCAAGCCUUAUUAUCAAGCAUCUAACUUCCUGUCUCUUUGAGAAGAAACACGUUGAGAAUGUAAAUGAUUACAUAGUGAGGAAACUGAUUUACUGGCUAGGCAGAAUUUCCUUGUUUUUGUAUUUUUUUCUUAUUUUCUUUUCCAUUUAAAUUAGCUCUGAAUGCCAUAGUGUGUGAAGAGAGCGGAGAACACAGUGAAAGCAUCUGACAAGUAAAUGUCAUCUAUGAUAAACAUGUAACACACAUUAAUUACAAACCCUACAGAUUACAAUUUUGAUAGACACCAGUAUGCAACAAAUGGAGACAGUGCUUCAGUAUGAUUUGUCAAGGAAUGGGUGUAAAUCACAUUGUUUAUGUACAUAUAUUAUUAAUGGAAGAAAACACUUGUCAAGCCCUUGGAAUUUCGUAAAAGGGAAUAUAUUUUGUAAUUUCAGCAUUGUUACAGUAUAUCAUCCUACAGUAUAUUAGACCUAUUGUAUCAUGCUGGAUUGACCAUGUAGAAUACUUGGGGGUAACGGGGUAUUUAUUUAUUUAUCCCUUUAUUGUAUUUAUUUAUUUAUUUUAUCGAGAGAAAAAAAAGUAUGUUAUGUUCAUAUAGCCCCUGAAAAAAAAAGAACAUAGAAUGCUGUCAUUUAUAUCAAAGAUGCAUUUUUGUUUGAUGUGUCAAUGGAGCUUGAGCUUAUUUAUCUUGUGUUUUCUAUGUUGUGAUCGAUGUACACUACUCUCACAAGGGCCUGUCAAACUGUUAUAUCUGUUAAAUUAGUGGGUUGCAACAUAACCUGUUUUGCAGCUUCUGAGUAGUAGACUUGAAUAUUUUCAGGGGGGGAAAAAAACACAAAAAAACGUUCCCAAGCCACCAGAAGAGAAGAACAUUUGCUUGUCUCAGUGACUAUUGGUUAUUUCCACUUUUUCCACCUUCACAAGGUCAUUGGUCAUAUUUGCCAUAUUUAAUAAAGUAUCAGUGAUGAUACUUCCAUAUGCAUUAAUUAUCAGAUUAUCUCAUAUUUCCAGAAGUUUCUUCCCUUUUGUAUUUAACGGUGGUCCUGUUGUGUUCUGAAGCUGCCACUUAGUAGUCUGUCUUCAGUGUGCACAUACUCUAUCUCUCACAUCUUUAGAGACACAAGUGUGUCAAUAGCAAUUUAGACUGGCCAUCAUCUGUGUUCUGUAGUUUAAAGAAGUGUAAAAGAGUGAUUACAUCUUAUCAAGUGCCAAAGUGACACACAUGCAAUAGAGAAUAUCAAACUGAAAUAUCAUUUGUGAAUCCACUUUUAAUGCCUUGAAGAAAUGAAAAAAAAAACAUGUGCUGAAAGUGAGUGUUUUCGUGAAGGAAAUGCUAUUCGAUGAAAGUUGAACACACCAUUAUUCCCUCAGAUAGUAUGUUUUUUUGUUCUUUUUUGAAAACGUUACACAACCAAAAGCAUGAGUACAAUUAUUUGAAUGUAGACCAGAUUGAUAAGAAAUACAUUUUGUAUCAGGGUGAACAGCUAAACAUUUCUGACUCAGACUGACUCAGACUUUAUUAGAUUGCUGGGUUUGUAAAUAACCAAGCAUGUCUCGUGUUUGAACAGUGGUGCAAAAAAACAACAUACUUUAUGCUAUUUUACUUCUCCAUGAUGUUAAAAGCUUAUUUCAUUUCUGUUCAUUAUUGUUUGUGCACUCUACUGUAAAAGCAGAGGUAUAAAGGAGUAUGGGAGACACUGUUAUAUUCAGUAGUGUGCAUGUCGGAUAUGUGUUCAGAUUUUGGACUAAUUCAAUGUUUCAUCUGGUUGCAGUCUUUUGCCUGCAUUGGAAUGGACUUUUAUUACACUGUACAUUUGACAAAGUACUUUUAUUUAUGUCUGGACCCACACAUGAGACAUGUAUGUGAACAGCACAUGUAGAUAUUUUCUAUUGUUAUGUAUUUUGUCAAACUGCAGAAAACAAAAUAAUAUGCACUGGUAUUACAGAGCUCAAGCUAUCCAAGAACAAAAUAAAUUUCAUAUGAUCCUCAUACAUACAUUAUGUUUGUUGUUUGCCAUUUAUGUAUAUUUGAGUAUUGUAUAAAAGGGGCACUGAUCAAUUAUGUUAGGGUCUGCAUAAUAUGCUAUACAUGUACUGGAAAAAAAUCCUUUUCAUAAGGAAAUUGCACAUAGCUGUGAAAUUUUACAAUAAAAUGGUUGCAUUUA